AUGGCCCCUGCUGUGGAUAUGACCACCGCGCCCACCGGCGUCCGCAGCGACGAGCCGCCCGCGCCCGCCUUCAGCAAGCCCGGCGGCGGCGGCCCCGUCCCGGCCGGCGCGGCGGUGGCGGCGGCGGCAGCCAUGGGCGGGGAGGAGGAGAGCGACAAGCCCAAGGUGUCCCCUUCCCUGCUGCCGUUCAGCGUGGAGGCGCUCAUGGCCGACCACAGGAAGCCCGGCGGCAGGGAGGCCCUGGCCGGCAGCCCCGAGGGCGCCGGGCCGCCGCUGGGCGCGGGGGCGGCCGCCCGCGCCAGCCUCAGCCCCCGCCUGGGCGCCCUGACGGCGGAGGCGCCGGCCUCCCCGCUGCCCCUCGGCAGCCACUUCUCCGUCGGGGGGCUGGUCAAGCUGCCCGAAGAUGCACUUGUCAAGGCGGAAAGCCCCGAGAAGCAGGAGCGGAGCCCCUGGAUGCAGAGCCCCCGCUUCUCGCCGCCCCCUCCGAGGCGCCUGAGCCCCCCGGCCUGCACCCUGCGCAAGCACAAGACGAACAGGAAGCCGCGGACGCCCUUCACCACGGCGCAGCUGCUGGCGCUGGAGAGGAAGUUUCGGCAGAAGCAGUACCUGUCCAUCGCCGAGCGCGCCGAGUUCUCCAGCUCGCUCAGCCUCACCGAGACGCAGGUGAAGAUCUGGUUCCAGAACCGCCGCGCCAAGGCCAAGCGGCUCCAGGAGGCCGAGCUGGAGAAGCUGAAGAUGGCAGCCAAGCCCAUGCUGCCGCCCGCCGCUUUCGGCAUCUCCUUCCCGCUGGGCGGCCCGGCAGCCGUGGCCGGCGCCUCGCUGUACGGCGCCUCCAGCCCUUUCCAGCGCGCCGGGCUGCCCGUGGCCCCCGUGGGACUGUACACGGCGCACGUGGGAUACAGCAUGUACCACCUCACAUAGAGCCGAGCCUGGCCCCCGGCUCCCGGCGGCCCGGUGCCCGCUCCCUCCCCGCUCCUCCGGCUCUGCGCCCGCCCUGCGGCUCCCCCGCGGCAGAGACUUCUCCAGGCUGCCUCUCUCGGCCCCCUCCGCCGUGCCCCCAGCCCCUCCAGCCGCGCUGCCGUCCAGCCGCGCUCGGCUCCCGCCUGCGGGGCCGGAGCUGCUGCGCUCCGCGGCUCGGAGAAGCCCGAGGCAUGGCCCGGCUCCUCCUGCCUGCGUCCCGCUGGCGCCCAGCCGCAGGGAAGGGCUGGUGGAAGAGAAACCGUGGAAAGGGGCUGAAAGACAGGACGUUUCUCUUUCUUCCUCCAAGGCGAGGUCAAGAGGCAGAAGUGUGGAGCAGCCUCUCCCGUCCCUGUGUAACGGCGCUGGCUGUUACCUGUGUUCAUUCCUGCACCAGCUCCUUUGGAAGGGGCUCUGUGUACUG